CACAGGCUCAAAGUAACAUGCCGAAAGAGGGACCUCUCUUUUACACGUUCAAAGUUGAUUUUAUGUUGUGGACUCCGCAGUUUUCCCUGAGAUUUCAUUGCACUGGAAGUUUAUAAUGGAUUAUAAAGGCUGAGUCACAUGUCCCGCCUCAGGAACUCUGCCACUGCCUCUGUGUCUCUGAUGUUGUUGUGAACCAAACACAGCUCUUCAAGUCUUAUUCUCAGUAAAGAUCCAACAUGGCUGCUGCUGCACUCGUCACAGAGAACUUUAAGUUUGUGUCCCUCUUCUUCAAGAGUAAAGAUGUGAUGAUCUUCAAUGGUCUGAUCGCUCUGGGGACUGUGGCCGGUCAGACUGCGUACAGCGUGUUCGCCUUUAACUGUCCGUGUGCGUCUGGGAGGAACUACGUCUACGGCCUGGCUGCCAUUGGUGUUCCAGCGCUGGUGCUUUUCCUCGUGGGAAUAAUGAUGAACAAGAGCACCUGGGACCUGGUGUUCGAGUGUCGGCUCAGAAAGUGCCGAAAGCUGUCGGGAGCCAGCGCCUUCGCGCUGCUGGGGACCAUCAUUGGUCGAGCCGUUGUGGCUCCACUGACGUGGGUGGUCAUCUCUUUGUUGAAGGGCAAGGUGUACACAUGUGCCCUCAGUGAGUUUGUCAACCGCAGUACACUGGAGAACUUCCCCUCAGAUCAGGGGUCAGAGGUCAUGGCGAAAUUGCCAUGUCAAGCAAGUGGCCCAGCAGAGCUGCAAGGCUUCUGGAAUGAAAUUGAGCGUCGGCUGAAAUAUGAAUCUCAGCUGAUUGGCUGGCUGCUGGUGGCAGGGAUGUCUCUGAUGGUCUUCCUGAUCCUGUGCAUGAAGCGCUGCUCCUCUCCACUGGGCUACCUGCAGGAGGACUACUGGUCCCAGUACCGCUCUAAUGAGAAUAACCUCUUCGAGCGCACGGCGGCGGUCCACGCCCAACUCCUGGCCGCAGAGAACGUGAAGCGCUUCUUCGGCUUCGUGGCACUGGAGAAGGAGGAGAAGGAGCAGCUGGCUGAACACCAGAGUGCUAGUCCUAUCUGCAGCACUGAGUGGAACAGAGUGACCGGCGUCUACCUCUACAGGGAGAAGAACGGACUGCCUCUGUACAGCAGGCUCAACAAAUGGGCCACGUACAGUCUGGAGAACAAUGUGGAGGCCAUGGAGAAAGAGAUGGAUGUGCUCAGUUGACAGCAGUACAGUGGCCAGUGACUGUCACCGUGAAGGUGUCGAUACGCACAAUAUUUUUGACUUGUUAAGCCUUGAAGUGAGGUCCACCAGUGCAGUGUCAGUUUACCAUCAGGUUUCAUGGAGCCCACUAAUAACCUCUGUAACUCUGUUAAGAUCAUUGUUUUAAAGUCAUGUUGUAGUUCAGUGUCAGUAAAAGCAAAUACAGAGUCCAAACUGUCAUAUGUUGACCUGCGUAGUGUGGAAAAUGAUUCAUUUUCCUAAUUUAUGUUUUAAAUUUAAAGCUACUUAAGAAUUUUUGGGAGAAAAUCUGUUUUAAUGUUACAGAAAUAUCACUUUCAUAUCUCUGUUGUUUUUGUCAUUAAUGUUCUCUUAACUAAUAAUUACAACAUUUACUACCUUUGACUUUGCAAGGUGAUCUAAAAUAAAAAUAAAUAAAUACGA